AUGGAGGCGAGGGAAGCUAAGUGGAGAUGUGAAGCACUUAAAUCCCGUAUUCAGAAUCUGAGAGUUCAAUCUGCAUCUUCUUCUUCUUCAAAUAAUUGGAUAAAAACCCUUCUCAGAUUACUCCAAUCUGAGCUCUGUUUCAUCAAUCGCCUUUCACACACUCCCUCCCAGUCCCCUUCUUCAUCUCUAAGCCUUAACAUUGGUCAUCUAGAAUCAGUUGUUCACAUACUUGAGCAGCCGUUUAUAAGUGGAGUAUCCCGGGUCUGCAAGACUAUUGCUUUGUCUUCCUCAAAACAGUUUCAACCUGAAGCUGCUUCUGGUGUGAAAAGGAUCUAUGUUGAUAUUGUGUGCUUCCUUAACAAUACCCCAGUAUGGUUUAUUGUUUCUGACCGAAAUCCGAAAUACAUUUCAUGGCAUGGUUCUUCCAGGAACAAGGGUCUGAGAACCCGCGUGAUGCAGCUUCUUGAUGCAGCCCGAUAUUCUGAGAUGCUAAGGCCAUCUGCUCUCAUCCUUUUCUUCUCAAACGGACUAGAUGAUACUAUCCGUAAGAAUCUUCAAAAUGAGUUUGGAGCUGCUGACUUGGGAUUGGAAUAUUCAAGUUUGGAUAUUACAUUUGCCAAUGAAACUGAGGAUGAGUGGAUCAGUGUAUUUGCAAGAUCAUAUCAAGCCGCGCAUGUUCUCAAAAUAGAAAUAGGCAUGUCUUCAAAAAAUGUGGUUCCAACUUCAGCAGAAGCAUGGAAGAUGGAACCGCCAGUAUUCCUGUUCUCUGAGGAGCAAAUUGAUGUUAGCAGCUUGGCUGUGGGUGAAUCUUUAUGUACUCUCGUUUCGGAAAUGAAGUGCUGCUUCCAAGAUGUUGAAAAUAGCCAACUGGAAAACCCAUCUAACUGCCAUGGCCGAUUGGUCAAUUUUGACACGACAGCAAUGGUUGCCAUUGUCUCUGGUAUAAGCAAUGGAGGAAUCAACUGGCUUUUGUCUUCUCCAGAGAGCAAGCUUAGAAGUCGAUUUAAGAGCAAUUAUGAGUUUGUGAUUUCCCAGGUUAAUUCCGAGAUCACAAAACCAAUUCACAAAGAACUAGGCAGUGUCUUAUCUGGCAAGGGAGGAAUUGUAUGUCAGAGUGUUUAUUCAGAAUUUCAGGAGAUAGUUUCAAUGUGUGGUGGGCCGAAAGAGAAGUUAAGAGCGAGUUAUCUUCUGAAACACUUAAGGGUUGUAUCUGAUUGUCCGUCGGGCCGCAUGAUGAACCUUCCUACUACCAGAAAGCUGGCAUUAAAAAACAAGGUACAAAAUAGAAGUGAGCGUUGAGGACGACACGCAAGGUGACUGUGCUUUUGUGCUAUUCGAUCGUACGUGACUCUCAUGAAUAUAAAUACUUGCCAGGAAUUGCGUGAAUCAGUUGUAGAGGUAUCGAUACUUAAGUUUUAAAAAUGUUUACCCACACAAAACUAAAAAUAUGUAAUUAAAAUAUUUAAUUUAAUUUAUGACAUUAUUUAACCUCAUCAAGUUGUACCCAACAAGGAAGUGCCAGAAGUGCUCUAUUAGUUGGUAGGGAAG